GUUAUUUUUUUUUUUUAAAUUGACAGGAAGCGAUGUGAAUUCACUUUUAUGUAGCAGUAGUACCAUUUUAUAAUAGAUCAUAUAGAUCGGGAUCGGCAUACACAUGUAUGUUGUUUACAAAACUUAGUUGGAAAAGGGAAAAGAAAGCACUGUAGGCGUAAUGAAUGUUAAUUAUAUCUGCUACAGUGGAUAGAUGUAGGAGUUUAAUAUUUCUAUCAACAAACAGACAUGACAACGACAGCGUCUGGGGGUUUUCAGGCGGGAACAGCCGUAGUUCCCGCGACUCAGGUGGAAAUCAGUAUUCAGUGCAGGAACUUGGCAGAUUUAGAUGUCCUGUCAAAAUCAGACCCAAUGUGUGUUAUGUUCAUGAAGGACAUCAAAACCAACUCUUUCUAUGAGGUUGGAAGGACAGAAACCCUCGACAACCAGCUGAACCCCAACUUUGCAAAAAAGUUCACCGUCACAUACUUUUUUGAAGAAGCACAGAACAUUAAAUUUGAAAUUUACGACGUGGAUUCUGCUUCUCGUAAUUUAAAAGAUCACGAUUUUAUAGGCAGUUUAGAGUGCAGUUUAGGAGAAGUGGUAGGAGCUCCUGGAGGGAAAUUAGAAAAAUCUUUACAAGGACCAAGAAGAAAGAAUGGAACUAUCACAGUACGAGCUGAAGAACUCAGUAAUUGCAAGGAGGAAGUAACUCUACACUUUCGAGCCAGUCAUCUGGACAAGAAGGAUUUCUUUGGGAAGUCUGACCCCUAUCUACAGCUGUCAAGAGUCAAUGAGGACGGAAGCUACACAGUGGUACACAGAUCUGAGGUGAUCAUGAAGACGUUAAAUCCGACAUGGAAACCGUUUACAAUCAUGGCCCGGGCGCUGUGUAAUGGUGAUUACGACAGGAGCAUUAAGUUUGAUUGCUAUGACUGGGACAGCGACGGGGGGCAUGAUUUAAUCGGAGAAUUCACGACAAACCUACGGGAGUUAUCAAGAGGUCCAUGUUCCACUAAUGUGUUUCCGGUUAUAAACAGAAAGAAACAAGCAAAGAAAAAGAAAUAUAAGGAUUCAGGGGAGGUGAUAUUACUGAGUUAUAAAUGUGAGAAGAUCUUCAGCUUCCUGGACUAUAUCCAGAGUGGUAGUACGGAGAUGAAUUUCACGGUAGCCAUAGAUUUCACGGCGUCUAAUGGGAACCCCUCCUCCCCCUCUUCUCUUCACUACCUGAACCCGUACGGGACCCCAAACCAGUACGCAGCAGCGAUACAAGCAGUGGGUAACAUUAUCCAGGACUACGAUAGUGACAAAUUGUUCCCUGCUCUUGGGUUUGGUGCCAGAAUGAGUGAUGGAUCAGUCCACCACGAAUUUGCACUGAACUUUAACCCAUCCAACCCAUUCUGCCAGGGGAUUGAUGGUGUCCUACAGGCUUACUAUACCUCCCUAAAGAAUGUACAGCUAUACGGACCCACGAACUUCUCCCCUGUCAUCAACCACGUGUCCAGGUUUGCCACUGCUACACAGGACGGGUCUCAGUAUUUUGUAUUACUUAUCAUCACAGAUGGCGUUAUCACAGACAUGCAGCAAACACAACAAGCGAUUGUUAAUGCCUCAAGACUUCCCAUGUCCAUUAUCAUUGUGGGAGUGGGUGAUGCAGAUUUUACUGCUAUGAAUAUUUUGGAUGGUGACGACGUCCGGUUGUCAUACAAUGGAGUGUAUGCAGAGAGAGAUAUUGUACAGUUUGUGCCGUUCAAUGAUUUCCUCAGUCGUGGUAACAUGAUGCUUAGUCAGGCCGCCCUAGCCAAAGAAGUUCUCGCUGAAAUUCCCGACCAGUUUUUAUCGUACAUGAAAAAGUACAAAAUUGCACCACGGACUGGACCAACUGCCCCACCAUAAACCACCGUGCUCAACAGUGUUCCCAUAAACCACCGUGUCCAACAGUGUCACCAUAAACUAUAACGUUUACAGAAGUGUCCCCAUAAUCCAUUCUUUUCACUAAGACUUUGAUAUCUCUGUUUUAUACGAUUGUAAUUAUCAAUUUAUUUUACUUGUGGUUUUAAUUGAAAUCAUAAUAGUGGAACUGGACAUUUUGUACUUUUUUAUUUAAACCUAUUUUUAUUAAGAAUUACAGCUAAGUCUGCAUUGAUCAACCACAUAUCACUUAAGUUUUUCAUAUUUUAGGUUAAGAAAAUGAUAUUUACAUGAUAUUUUUAAAUCCUUUUCUAUUUACAAUAUGUUUUAUUCUCAUAUAAUUUCUUUUUGACUUAUUAAAGCUGAGAUGUUGAUCAAAGAAAUUUGAUUUCUGUUUAGCUUGCCGGGAUGAAUGGCUGGGGAGAUAUUGUCAUGACCCUGCUGUGACCCCGCUGUUGGUGGCAUACUUUCUAUAUCUAUGUUCUAUAUCUUAUCAACUAAGGGUGACAGGGCUUUGAUGCUUCACACAUGGAUACCUCAUGGCCAGGCCUUUCAUUUGGUACCAAGACUUUUGACCUACAUGUAGUGACCUUUACUAUGGACUUUGACCUACUUUUAGUGACCUUUACUAUGGACUUUGACCUACUUUUAGUGACCUUUACUAUGGACUUUGACCUACUUUUCAGAAACUUUAACCUAGACUUUAUCUCUUGAACCAAGGAAAUAGGGAUUUGAUGUUCUCACAUAUUAUACUUGUAGAUGCUUCAUCACAAGGCCUUUAUUAAUUGUGCGACCGAAACUAUAGAUCUUGGGCUUUAACCUACUUUUCAUUGGUUAUUUCCUUUGAACCAAGGUGGAUAGCGAUUUGAUAUUUCGCAUAUAGAUGCCUCAUGACCAGGCCUUUCAUAUGGUACCACAAUCUUUUGCCCUAGUAAACUUGAAUUUUGACUUACUUUUCAAAAUCUUAACUGUGUCUGUAUCUUUUGAACUGGAAAGGGGAGGGGGGGGGGUGUUGUGGUUUUGAUAUUUCUCUUAUGGAUGCCUCAUGACAAAGCCUUUCUUUUGGUAUUAAACCUUGGACUUUUUGACCUUGGACUUUGGUUUACUUUUUUAAAACUUUUAACUUUUUUUAUAUUCAAAAGGGGAUAGGUUAAGUAGAGUCAUGCUUCCCUGCGAGCUAUGCUGUCUCCUGACAACUCUUGUUCUGGGAUAGGUGAAGUAGAGUCAUGCUUCCCAGCGAGCUAUGCUGUCUCCUGACAACUCUUGUUCUGGGAUAGGUGAAGUAGAGUCAUGCUUCCCGGCGAGCUAUGCUGUCUCCUGACAACUCUUGUUCUGGGAUAGGUGAAGUAGAGUCAUGCUUCCCAGCGAGCUAUGCUGUCUCCUGACAACUCUUGUUCUGGGAUAGGUGAAGUAGAGUCAUGCUUCCCGGCGAGCUAUGCUGUCUCCUGACCACUCUUGUUCUAGACACGUAUCGUAGCAUACAUGAAAUUAUGUGCAAUAGGGUUUGUCAAGGAAUGAGGGGAAAAAAGUCUGCUGCAUACGUUCAGUUCUGUAGUAGGUGGUUAUUUCUCCAUCAUCUUAAUAUAUAUUUACCAUUCUUGUUAUUUGCUCACUAUUAUUUCUACAGUAUUUACAUGUAGUAUUGUAUUAUUUAUUGUCAUUACUUUCUACUUAAACAGACAACCUCCUGUUUUGAGCAAUUCAUCUAUAGUUAUAACAAAGGCAGAUGGGGGGGGGGGGGGGGGUUUAUAUGGUAAUUUUCUGCCCAAGGUAAAGAAGGUGAAGGUUCUGUCGCCAGAUAAACGAUUUUAAUGAUAUCCGUCUAGAGAGGGUGACAACCCCUGUAGGGUAAGUUAAACAUGCACACGCCUCCAGGCCCCACGACCAUAAACUGAAAAUAGACCCAAGUAAAAAAAAAUAUUAUUAUAUCUGAAGAUUUAUCUAGCACAGAUGUUUAAAUACUGCAGGUUUAUAAAAAAAAAAAAAAAAAAAAAAAAUCAAAUGCAAACACAUACUGAAAAUUUUAUUUGUUUAUGAAAAUUAUUUCAAAAGUUAGCUGGAUUUGAAAUUUAGACUUGAGUCUAUUCUCAGUUCUGGUCUUGAGGCCUGAUGUCACAGUAGGUGCUAAAAUAGCGGGGUAUUAUUUUAAUCUGAUACCUUUAAUGGACUUAUUUUUUCCAAAAACGAGAAGGAACUUAAAUUCUAAAUCAAAUAAUUAUUCCGAGUUUAACAUGACAACUUGUUAGGAAUGGGGCAAAAACGAAAGAAUUUCCGGUGAGUUCUGAUUGGUCAUGGACUUGGAAAUACUAGCGAUGAAGGUCGGAAACGCUAGCGAUGAAGGUCAGAAACGCUAGCGAUGAAGGUCGGAAACGCUAGCGAUGAAGGUCGGAGACGCUAGCGAUGAAGGUCGGAAACGUUAGCGAUGAAGGUCGGAAACGCUAGCGAUGAAGGUCGGAGACGCUAGCGAUGAAGGUCGGAAAAGCUAGCGAUGAAGGUCAGAAACGUUAGCGAUGAAGGUCGCAGCUUGUUAUGGCCUGUACUUUUAGUUUAGAUUAAUUUUCUAUGACAUUAAUCAGGGGUUGCUCAACAUUUGAUGAAAAUACUGCUGAUUUAAAGACUUUAUUAUGAAAUAUCAAUUUGUUGUAUUUUUUUUUCCAGGUAAAUUGUUAUGUAUCAUGUAAUUUUUGAUGGUAGCUAGAUAUUUGUUUUGUUUUAAUGAAAUUGAUGGGGGAAAUUUAGAGAUACAUGACGCCAGUGUUCUGUGUGAAGGGUAAAAUGGACAUGAGUGAGACACAAUAUACUCAGCAUUAUCUGACGUAGUAUGUUAGUAAAUAUCGGUAAUGUCUUACUUCUUUAUCAGUCAUAACAAUAAAAUUAAUCUCAAACAUGUU